AUGUCUUGGAAGCUUGCUGAGUUACGAUGGCGUCAUGAUGUAGGCUUGCAAGAGUCUGCUUGGGAGUGCCACAAUGAGAAUCCCCAAAGCGUCAAGUCGCAGGGAGCUCAACGCACGUCGAAGAAGCCUGGACGUCAGCGUUCACACACCGCUCCAUCGGAUUUGGUGGACGGCGAAGGUUUUCAGAAAGCAUGUGAUGGACGGGUGUGGCCAUCGUUGUCGCCUGAGUCACCUCUCAAGAUAAAAUCAUAUCCAGAUUCAACAGCUUUCUUGCGAGAUCCCACGAUCACAUCCACGACUCCGCUCUUGACUCCAUCUCAGCGGUUUCCGUCUAGCGAUCUCCCGGUAGAAAAAAUGAUCGACGAGAGUCAUGUUCAUCAGUCUGCUUCCCACCCAGAUAUCCCUGUCCGUUUGACUUGCCAGGCAAUACUUCAAGACCACUCUCCUCCGACUGAUAUCGUCCGUGGUGGUACUAGCUUACCGACUAGUCCACCUGUGACAACCAAGUCGACUUCAGGCACAGGUUUGGAUAGAGAAGGAUCAUCAUCUCACACCGGUGAUGUUUACCUAGAAACGCGGACAGACGACAAUUCACUCAAUUUGUCACACCGACGCGUUUCGGUCGCCACAUCGGCCAUUGUUAACAAGAAAGAAACUUCAAAGCCACAAACCAACAUUCAAAGUUUGGAAUCAUACGUACCCGACAACGACUCUCUUGAUCAUCUCAGCAUCCCUGCAUCAACAAGUUUCGGUAUCCACUUCGAAAGGUUUCCAUCCGAAGACGAGAAAAGUCCUCUUGAGACAUUAAGCAUUCAUUCCAGUGAAUACACCUUUUUUCCUACAUGCUUCCGCCGGCCCUCUAUUGCGUCGAAACACCACUCUGACUCUUGCUUACUGGACAAACAUAAAAGAGAAGACUCGGAAAAUUCGUUGAGCUUGCAUUCUCAAAAUAUGCGCACCUUGUAUCCAGACUUACGUUCAGCACAUGCUCAGAUUCAAGGACACAGGGUAGUAAGCCAGCCUAGGUCGAGUGGAUUCGAGCCUCGCUUCCCGUUGAGCCGAUCAAGCUCCUCCUCAGAAGACGACGAUUAUUUCGCAAAGGUCUUGCCCAUUUCUGAUGCUCAUAUACCUCUGCGUCAUCUAGCAUGCCAUCGCGUCCCAUCUGCGUUUGGGGUUCUGCAAGUGGCUGAGCACCACCUUGAAUCCAGCGCCAUACUUGAAAGUGUAGAAGACAAUACUGUCAGUAAGUUGCAUGAUCGCAUCUCUUAUAAUGCCGAUGAGAUUGUCUCCCAUUACGUCGAGCCAUUCAUUCGCCAUGGCUCUAGUAAGAGCGAAUUUUACCCGGCUACACCACGAUUCCCUGCCUGGAAUCCCAACACGAGAACAGCUCAAUGCGAAAGAGGAAGCAUAGGGACAGGCGCAGUUAUUGGGACAAGUGCGGAGGAUUUGAUGCAUGGCUCUAUCUCUAUGUCUGAGUCUCGUGAUGGGCAGACGCAAGGAUUUAGCGCGAGCUUAGGUCGAGGACUGGAGGCACCAGAAGUGGAUGAUUAUGAAUGGGAGGCCUUUCCUGAAAGUAGUAGGAGUGGAUUUUCGAACCCUUCUGCAUUACGAUUCCGUUUGACAAAAAAGGAGACCGGAGAUGUGAGUCGUGAAAGUGCAAUCAGCAGACAGAGCCCUGCAACACCGUGGGAUCCUUUACCAGCCACACAUCGACGAAAUGGUCAUCAUGGUCUCUACCGAAAAACACAUUUACGUACCGACCAGCCUCAUACAUUUUCGAAACGGCCAGGACCUACGAGCCGGGAAACUUUUGAUGAUCACAAUGAUAUGCAAAGGAUUAGGAGAAGGAGCUUUCCUACGUUUGCAGGGAAAGCAAUCAGGAGACACCACUCACUCAAGCUCGUGGAUUUGGCGCACGAUUCCAACGGAUGUCUACAACAUCCACAAAUACCUGCGUACGCCUCAGCAGAAGAUGCCAAUUUUCUGCUCGCUCCGCCGAAUAGUCCAUCCUCACAAUCGGCUCUUAUGUCCUCGAAUGUCAUUGACAGGGCCCUUCCAUCCAGCUCUUUGUUACCGAAAUGCUCAAGACAGGACUCAUGGCGCAGUGUGCCAUUCUCUGACAGCAUCAACAUAUCUUCUAAUAGUGCACCGGUGCCAUACGCACAUGCAAAUGUCUCAAACAAAGUGUCUGACACUGACAAGUCAAACCACAGCUCACUCAGUGGCAGUUCCUCCGGAAUCAUCAUCUCAGAACGAGAUCGACCAACAAUCAGCGGACUGAUCGACAUGAUCAAGGAUGCUAUGGAUGCUAACGAGGGGGGAGAAGGCUUCGGCGAUCGCCCAUCUGGUAAUGAUAAGACAGAAGCGCGAGAUCAGCAAGUUUAUUCGGGUCCCGAUUGCAAUCUUCUCCUAUAUGGAGAUCCUUCUCAAAGACUUGAGUGCAAAAACGAAUUGCAUGAUUUCCAUUUCACAGGAGACAGCCAGCAGCCUCGCCGCGGCCCCUUUCCAAAAGGCAAUACCACGACUACUAUUCUCAAGCGCACAGGUAUCGGAAGAGCUGGCAGCAGCCUCGCGGAUUGUUCAUCUAGUGCUCUUCAACUCUGUAAGACCGAAGAUAGCGGUCGUCAUGCCUGCAUUGAUUCCCAAACCAAUGCUGAAGUGGCGUUACUAUCCAAGGGUUUGCCUGACGCUGUUAACAAUAUCUACGCUUCAUCUGCACUUCCUGAAUGUACAUUUUCGUCUCGAUUCAACGAAGUUACCCCUUCUAGCUCGGAGUCAUCUGCCGGACUCAAGGCUCAUGGCGCACUUCGAGAUGUCUUGAUCGAUGUGGAGAAUUGUCCUAUCUUUCCCCUGAAGCCGGCUCAAUUGUUGAUUACUAGGCUGAAUGGUGUCAACAGGAUACCAUUCGAACGAGUACAACUUUUGAAGAGUGGCGAGUGGCUCGAGAAGGCUUGGUGCUUUGUCCACAACCGGGCGGAAUUUAGUCAUACCAUGCUUGCUAAGAAGAUUACAACCGUCAUGGCAUCUGACGCCAUUGAAACACAACUUGAGGCUGGUCGGUUUCUCUUGCUAGUUUGUGUGGCUACUUAUAUGAUGGGUGGUUUUGUUUUGGCUCACGACAUGGGUCGGGAGGGGAUCCUAUCUACGUCGGCCAUGACUGCAAUAACCAACGGCGCUGCUCCGCGUCUACACCCGAGUCACGUCCGAAAAGCCCAAGCUAUCGAGAAGGGUGGUCUUCUUGUCGUUUUCUCUGUUUUGGUUGGAUGUGUCGGUGUUUUGGUCUGGACACUGACAUGA